AGGAGAGCGCCCGCGGGACCCGAAGAGGUGAGACGUGACCUGGGACGAAGCGCAGCAGCGGCGGCGACAAUCUCUUUCUCCACUUCUCUCCAGCGACAUGGACCCCCAGACUGCGCUGCUCCGGGCCCUCCCGCUCGUCCUGUUCUUGCUACUAGGAGGUCGUUCCCACCCGCUGGGUGGGCCUGGCCCCGCCUCCCAGCCGUCCGCAAGGCAGGAGCUGCUGGACCACCUGCGGGACACAGUUUCAGAGCUGCAGGCCAAGCAGAUGGCCCUGGGACCCUUCCAGCAGGACCACAGCCCCACAGAAGCCUGGGAGACCCAGGAGCAACCACCUGUCAGGGCCCUUGGGCCCAGGGACAAUGUCCUCCAGGCCCUGAGAAGACUACGCAGCCCCAAGAUGAUGCACAAGUCAGGGUGCUUUGGCCGGAGGCUGGACCGGAUCGGCUCCCUCAGUGGCCUGGGCUGCAAUGUGCUGCGAAGGUAUUAAGAGGAAGCCUGGCUGCAGACAUCUGCAUCUGACUCUUCAAAGGCCCCCUGAGCCCUUUGAGGCAAUUUGUAUUUAUUUGUAUUUAUUUAUUUAUUUAUUUCAAUCAUUUUAUGUACGACGGUUCUGACCUCCGAGCACAAAUUUUCCAUGGUGAAAUAAAGCCAACAUUAUAGGUUCUUUUG